UCUUUUAAAUCCUGCGCGCUGAGGCCGCCGGCUGCCUCUCCUCUCCUCGGCGCAGGAUGGCCGGAGUCGGCCGCUGCAGAUUUUUCAGUGUUUUUACCAGCUGCUUUGGCUGGAUGGUCAAGCGUUGUCAAGCCCCACCGAGAAAGGUUACACUUUUGAUGGUGGGGCUUGACAAUGCUGGUAAAACAGCUACAGCAAAAGGCAUUAUCGGAGAGGCCCCUGACGACGUAGUGCCAACUGUCGGUUUUUCCAGAAUUGAUUUCAGAAAAUGGAAGUUUGAAGUUACAAUCUAUGACAUAGGAGGUGGGAGUAGAAUUCGAGGAAUAUGGAGAAAUUACUAUGCCGAAUCAUAUGGAGUAAUAUUUGUGAUUGAUUCCAGCGAUAAAAACAGGAUGGAAGAAACUAAAGAAGUAGUAACUGGUGUUAUAAGACAUCCCAGGAUUUCAGGAAAGCCUAUACUGGUGUUGGCAAAUAAACAAGAUAAAGAAGGAGCAUUAACAGAAGUAGAUAUAAUUGAAUGUUUAUCUCUAGAAAAACUUGUCAAUGAACAAAAAUGUCGAUGUCAGAUAGAACCUUGUUCGGCAGUCUUGGGUUUUGGAAAGACACUUGAUAAAUCCAUAAGAAAUGGUCUUUAUUGGUUGCUGUGUACUAUUGAAAGCGACAUUGAUGAAUUAAGUGAGCGUGUUCGAAGAGACACAAUCGCUCAACUAGUUUAUGAGGAAAUGGAGAAACAGGAACGAGCUGAGAGAGUGAGGAAACUACGAGAAGAAAGAGAACGAAGGGAGAAAGAUCAUGCUACAGAGCAUCUUCCAUUUGAUGGAAAUAUUGAACCUGAAUUGUAUAUGGAUUCAUUUGUUGGCAACCCUUUUAAGCCUAUCAGUAUAGUAAUCCAGGAGAAUGGACAAAGAAAAAAGAAUGGAGAUGAAGAUAUAGAAACCAUUCUUCUGACACCACGCAAUGAACCAGAAUGCUCUGAUGCCAAGAGCCGGGUUAGCUGUUGUAGCGAUAAAUCCUCAGAAUAUGGAGUCAGGAGUAAGGUGGUCGAAAUUGAGACUGACCAACAUUCAUUGGGAUGUAAUGAAUCAGAUCGCCCUAAGAAGAGAAGGAAAUUCCGGCUCAGAAGAAGGAACCGGGUUGGACCAAUUGAUUCAGGAGAUACUGAUCCAAACUCAUCUGAAGAUCCUCAACCUCUUGGCUGCGAUACCCCCACAGUCACUAGACUUCCAAAACUUGAACCUCUUGGUGAAACGCAUCAUAAUGAUUUCUAUGGAAAGCCUCUGCCACCACUGACUUUACGUCAGCGACCUAACGGUGAUACUGAUGAUUUUAUCCCAUAAUUAAUUCUCACUUGGUGUUUUUUUGACAAGAAUGACAGACUCUUACUGACUAAUUCAACUUAAGGACAAUUUAUUUUUGCAAAGAAGAAAAUAUUCUGAAGUUUAUAACCUUCUGAAAUGAUAUUUUUAGGUUCGCUGAGAUUUCUUCCAGAGAUCUGAUUACUUCCAAAGAAACUAAUUCAUCAAUUUUUCUACUUCCUAGCUAAGUUAUUAUUUAUACUGGUUCUUUGUUAUUUAAAGAGACAAGGAAUAAUAGGAUUAGACUUAAAACUUUUGGAACCAAGUAUCAUAAAAUGUUGACCAUCUUGUUUACAAUAAACAUUUAUGCCAAUAGACCUGAAGGAAAACAACUUCAUUGCCUUUUGCAUUUGGACUUCGGACACUUUAAUAUUUUGUUUAAUAAUAAUCAGUAUUUAUAUUGUUUACAUUUAAAAUAUUUUUGUAAGAUAAUUAUACAUGUUAGGAUAAAUCCUGGGUAUUAUAAACUAAAAUUAUGUACUAUAUUUUUAUAUUUUUUUGCUAAAAUUUUGCUUGUAGUUUGUGUUAAUCUAAUUUGUUUUGCUGUUUUCUGUAGAUUCUAAAUAUCCAUAUUUUGUUUUGAUAGAAUAAUAUAAUACACUCUUUUUUAAAGCCAUAUAAAAUUUAUCCUACUUUUGUACAGUUAUAUUUGUCAAAAUAAAUCUAUUCUAACUGUAUGAAUAGGGACAUACUUAUAUAUCUUUAUAAAAAUAGUGAAUAAUUCUUAAAGUAUCCCUCCUUAUGUUUUAUAUUUUACUUCAAUUUUUGUAGCAGAAACCAAAAUCUUGAUUCUAUACCAAAUUAUGCUGAGUGAAUGACUUAUCCAAUGAGAAUUUUCAGGUUUUUGUUGAACUGUUUAUUUUGAAAGAUUUUUGAAAUAGCCAUACCUUGAAAAAAAUUUAAAGAAUUCCCCCCUUGUUUAACAUAUAAACAACAAAUUAUUUAAAUAUUCAAGGAUCUGGUAACACUCCUGGCAAAGCUAUACUAGCCUUUUCAGGCUUCUCAAACUCUUUUUCAUUUCAAUUUUUAAACUUACUGGGCAAUACCUUAAUUGAAUAAAAAGUUAAUGCAGCUUCUAAAAUGUGUCUUAUAAACAUGCAGUGGUUAUGACACUGAGAACAUCUGUAGCAAUAAAAACUAAAAAUGUUGGAGGAAUACCACAUGAAGAAAAUAGUAUUUUGUUGAAUAGACCAACAAAAUUAAUUAUUCUUAAGAUUAAAAAUAAUAUAAAAUUGUAUACUUUAAGUUUGAAUUAUUAUUUUUGAUAAGAUUGUAUGAUUAUCACAUAGGUGACAGUUUUAGUUAUGUAUUUUACUUUCCAUAUAUCAAUAAUUCUAUAGUUAAUUAAAUGUAUAGCUAUAUUAAACCUAAAACACUUUUAAAAUAAUUAGAACUCUUUAAUCGUUUCUAUGUGAGACAGAAACAUACUAUUGUCUGAUAUUAAAACAUUAUUUCAAAAAUAGGACUAAUAUAAUAAUCUUACUUUUAACAUUUAAAAUUGAUAAUUAAAACAUUUAAAUACUAUUUAAUUUAAUCUUCAGAAUUUCAUAGAUCUAGCUAGCUUCAUGGAACACCAGUCUUGAUUAUGAAGAACUUGAGGGGCAUUUUUAAAACAGAUAUCAUAUGCCAUAUUUAGUAAGGAAAAGAGACUUCGUAUUCAAAUAACAUUUGUAACAGGUUAUGUCUGAGAAGUAGUCUAAAUCUAACGACAUGAUCCUCUUAUGGAUUGAAUUAUAUAAAAUUUGAAAUUUUUAUCAGCCUGAACUUGGUUCUGGUUCAUAUUUUUUGUUUUAUGUAUUAUGUUUAUAAUGUACAUAAAUAUUUUUAAAUUGAAUUUAUAUUUCACUUUAUGUAUAGUUACGUAGUUUGACAAUAUAUGAUUGUUUUCCUUAGCUUUUAGUUUCCUCAAUUUUAUUUCAAUUAAUUGUUUUUGUACAACCCAGAACCAAUAGUUGAUCUUGUUCAUUUCUGGAAGUCCUUUUAGAAAAUAAAAAGAGUAAAAACUUAUUAUAAGAUAAGUACAACUGCAAAUACUGAAUUAAUAGGUUUUAAUGUUUCUUAUAAUUUGUUUCUUCAAAACAAGAAAGGGGGCGGCUAGGUAGCGCAGUGGAAGCACCGGCCCUGGAUUCAGGAGUACCUGAGUUCAAAUCCAGCCUCAGACACUUGACACUUUACUAGCUGUGUGACCCUGGGAAAGUCACUUAACACCCCCAUUGCCCAACAAAAAAACAAAAACAAAAAAUAAAACAAAGUAUUUAAAAGGCAUUUGUAAAUGUAAUUGGAUUUAAUUGUGAAUGUUUGACUUAUUGUCACUGAGUUUAUAGUGUCUGAGUAUUAUUAAACUAUGAUAUUUACAUAAAAUAAUAGCAAUAUUUUUACUUGA